UCUUUCCCUCCAACUUCUGCAGGCCAGCUCCUGUUAUCAGUCUUUUUUAAAACAGCGAAGCCUCUCUCCCAUAAUAUGUCGAACAACUCGCCGUCGCUUCCGCCGGGCUUCCGAUUUCACCCUACUGACGAGGAGCUCAUCCUCCAUUAUCUCUGCAAGCGGGCGUUAUCAACUCCUUGCCCGGUCGCAAUCAUUGCUGACAUCAAUAUAUACAAAUUCAAUCCAUGGGAACUGCCUGGAAAAGCUUUGUUUGGGGAGAGGGAAUGGUAUUUCUUCAGCCCUCGUGACCGCAAGUACCCCAACGGAGUCCGGCCGAACAGGGCAGCCGGGUCCGGUUACUGGAAGGCGACCGGAACCGACAAACCGAUCACGGCGAGUCAAUGGAAGGAGAACAUUGGCGUCAAGAAGGCUCUGGUGUUCUACAAGGGAAAGCCCCCCAAGGGUGUGAAGACCAAUUGGAUCAUGCACGAGUACAGACUUGCUGAAAACCUUCACAGCAACCAAAGCAAGCAGUUGAAGAUCAGAGAAGGAUCGAUGAGAUUGGACGACUGGGUGCUCUGCCGGAUCUAUCAGAAAACCCGGCAUCAUUCCCCGGUGGAUCGAGAGCAAGACGACGAUGCAGGAAUGAAGAACUUGGCAGAUUCUAGCAAGAUUCACAAGUCUUUCUCUGUAUCUGAGUUCCUCGUCGAGGAGGCUGAUUUCUCUCUGCUGUCAGGGUUGCUCGAAACACCCAUGAAUGCGCCAUUAACGAAUCAUGAUCCCAUGACUAACUCAAAUUUAAACUAUUCAUUCACAAAUAACAACGGUAACUACAAUGAAAGCUGCUACAGCUCACAACCAACACAAUCACAAUCUUCCGUUUUGAACGCUGAAAACAAUCUGAAACGCCAGAGAACGCUGGAAAAUUAUUGUUUUGACGAUUUUGGAAGCCAACUGAACCCUUCAAAGAAGCUCCGAAAUUCAAACAUUUUCGCCCAAUUUUACAACCCUUUGGACAUCUCUCAACCUUUCUUCAAUCAGCAACUGCAGCUGAAUCCUCACUUGGGAAUGCAGUGAGCAUAAAUUUCAUCAAGAUCACAGCUUUAAGAACAAAAUGGACUUUGAUUAAAGAGCAAAUUGCUCAUUCUAUUAGUACUGUCUCCGGCACAGAAUGUAAAGGAGUUGUGCAAGGAUUUUGAUAGGAAGAAUGGAUGAAAAUGGUUGAAGUGCUUCAAUGGCGUCCUUAGAAAAAAAAAAAAAAAAAACUGAGUAGAACAUAGGGGUGGGGGUUAUUUUCAUAUCUCAAUUAUGUUAUGUAUUUUAUAAUUAGAAUUUAUUUUUAUGUCAUAUUUAGCAAAACUUACGAAGCUAAAUGAGCCCCAGAUUUUUCAGAUGUUCAAACAACAAUUCCCUUCAAACUGUCAGUUUUUCAAAGAGAUUCGCUGUGGCUAUUAAUUUAAUCAAUUAAUGAAUGUGCUUAUCUCUUAGUCUCA